UCCGUGUCACGUGACAUCAUCCUUACCUAGAAACGAGAAAGCGUCGCUCCGUGGUCGCUACGGACGGGGGGGAUGAGCAUGUUGUAGUUAAGAGGCAGAUUUCGUGGACGUGUGCCGCACACUGUGAUGGCAGACUCUGGAAAAUACCCGUGCGUCGUCUGGACAACGACAUUUCCACAUUUUAACAAGCGUCUUCGCCCGCUGUCGUGCUCGCGCGUUGACCUAGCUCUGUUGGCAUGAAAGGCAAAGAUUGUUUAGCAUCCUAGCGAGUCAGUUAGCCACCCAUCUGCCCGUGACAGUGUGGCUGCAUGCUCCUAGGCUGACAUGGGCAAACUACAGAGCAAGUUUCGCAAGAGGUCUGAGCUCUACAGAGCAUCUCAGGGGGAAAAGCCAGACAAUACCUUUGACAGUCAAGUGGUUCAGUAUGAACCUGCACAUCAAGGAUCUAUCAACACUGUCACAAAUCUCAGUCCAGACUUGUGUGUUUCUGGUGGGAGUGACCAGGCUGUGGUGGUGUAUGACUGGAAACAAGGCCGGAUGUGUCAGUCCUUCCAGGGUCACAACCGUGAGGUUACCAAGGUGCUGUGUUUUCCAGGUAGUACAUGGAUUUUUAGUGCCUCACGAGACAAGACUGUUCUGAUGUGGGACUUAAACCAGGGGGAUGAACCUAUUCAGGAAUUUUGUGGUCAUGAGUUGGUGGUCAACGGACUAGCCAUCAGCCCUGAUGGGAGAAAGCUGUGCACCGGUUCUCGGGACAACUGGAUGUGCCGGUGGGAUAUAGAAUCAGCAAAAUGUGAACAGAGACACAACAUCUCCAGAAACCUGGUGACCCAUGUGUGUUGGGUGCCAGGCAGCUCUUCUAUAGUCCAGACCUCUGAGGAUAAGACCAUAAGAGUGUGGGACAGUCGUACAUGGCAGGUGACCAAUACUUUUCCGGCAAAGCAAUACAUCCAGACCCACUGUGACGUCUCUCCAAAUGGAAACUACUUGGUGUCCAGCAGCAACGGCUUUGGAGGGCAGGGCUGUGAAUCCACGCUGUGGGAUCUGCGUCAGCCGGGCUGUAAGGUUGUUGAGUACAGAGGUCAUCUCCAAACCACAGCUUGCUGUAUGUUCCUGCCUACCCCUCCUGGUGGCACAGCUCGGGUAGCGACAUCUUCUCAUGACAGCUCCAUGAAAAUCUGGGACCAAAACACAGCAGUUUGUUUAGGGACAUUGUCUCUGGAUGGUGCUGGACCACUAGUUUCCCUGGCUCCAACUGACUCCACCAACUUGCUUUGUGCCAGCUUCAACACUGGCCUCCACCAUAUCCAGGUGGGACAAGGAUCAAACCAGGCUCAGGUUUCUGGUGCAGGUUCUGGUGGAACAGGUUCCCUGGACAUUAGAAUUGUGGCACGUUUCUAAUAGCUCAGUAAAACCUCGUAUUCCUACCUGUGAACAUCCAGUGGCUCCCUGAGCAGUGUCACUGGAUAAAGACAAUAUUUAGUUUUUUUACAUUUUAGAUAUUUAUGCUUUAUUAGACUGCCAUACAAUGAAGAAUGACAAAAGAUUUCUAGAUACUUAGAAGGUCAGACUUGAAGUCCCAUUUGUCAGAACAUGUAAUAGCCCUUGAUUCCUGCACUGUAGCUUUAACCUCAAGUAUUGGACCAAAUGAAGAGUUGUUCUUUUCAUGUAGAUUUGAGUUAUUACAGGUUGUUGAAGACUCUUAAAUCUUGAACAAAAGUUGAUAGUUGGUGUUAUGUGCUGAUAUUCAGUAUAUUUCAAACUGAAAAUGACUAUGCAAAACAGAAUAAUAAUUUUUUGAUAUAAUAUUGUAUAGAGUAAUAAAAAAGGAGACUAAAGAUGUUUAGCAAAUAUGAACCAAAUAAAGCUACACUGUGACCUGUCAACAUAAAA